GGCGCCUCGCGCAAGAGUCCGGCAGUAGGCGGAGCUGUGUUGCCAGAGUAACCCGGCGUUGGUGUUCGUGUUCGCGUCUUCCUGUCCCGAAGAUACCUGUUUCCUUGUGCGGAUAUUCUGAGGCGAUGACUCAUAGUGAAAGAUUCGUUUUCAUUGCAGAGUGGUAUGAUCCAAAUGCUUCACUAUUUCGACGUUAUGAGCUUUUAUUUUACCCAGAGGAUGGAUCUGUUGAAAUGCAUGAUGUAAAGAAUCAUCGCACCUUUUUAAAGCGAACCAAAUAUGAAGACCUUCACUUGGAAGAUUUAUUUAUAGGCAACAAAGUGAAUGUCUUUUCUCGUCAACUGGUGCUAAUUGACUAUGGGGAUCAGUAUACAGCUCGCCAGUUGGGCAGUAGGAAAGAAAAAACAUUAGCCCUGAUUAAACCAGAUGCAGUGCCAAAAGCUGGAGAAAUAAUUGAAAUAAUAAACAAAGCUGGAUUUACUCUAACCAAACUCAAAAUGAUGACACUUUCAAGGAAAGAAGCAACAGACUUUCAUAUAGACCAUCAGUCCAGGCCCUUUUUAAAUGAGCUGAUCCAGUUUAUUACGAGUGGCCCUGUAAUUGCCAUGGAGAUUUUAAGAGAUGAUGCUAUAUGUGAGUGGAAGAGACUUCUUGGACCUGCGAACUCUGGACUGGCACGUACAGAUGCUCCUGGAAGCAUUAGAGCCCUCUUUGGAACGGAUGGCAUAAAAAAUGCAGCUCAUGGCCCUGAUUCUUUCGCUUGUGCUGCCAGGGAAAUGGAGUUAUUUUUUCCUUCAAGUGGAGUUUGUGGGCCAGCAAACACUGCUAAAUUUACUAACUGUACUUGUUGCAUUGUGAAGCCCCAUGCUGUCAGUGAAGGACUGCUGGGAAAGAUCGUGAUGGCCAUCCGAGAUGCGGGUUUUGAAAUCUCUGCUAUGCAGAUGUUCAACAUGGAUCGGGUUAAUGUUGAAGAAUUUUAUGAAGUUUAUAAAGGAGUAGUGCCUGAGUAUAAUGAAAUGGUGACAGAAAUGUAUUCUGGCCCUUGUGUAGCAAUGGAGAUUCAACAAAAUAAUUCUACAAUGACAUUUCGAGAAUUCUGUGGACCUGCUGAUCCUGAAAUUGCCCGGCAUUUACGUCCUGGAACCCUCCGAGCAAUCUUUGGUAAAACUAAGAUCCAGAAUGCUGUCCACUGUACUGAUCUGCCAGAGGAUGGCCCGUUAGAGGUGAACCUUUUACCUGCCAGGCCCAGGUUUGGACUUAGGCAGACCCCAGGUGACCAUCACAACCCGCGCUGCCCAAAAGGUUCAGUAUUUCUUCAAGAUCUUGGAUAACUAGCAGUACAGAAAUUAAGGAAGUCACAGGUUGGGGCGUUUAGACGAGAGUGAAUCACGCACAUGAGGAGUGUUCAUUCUUUUAUUGUCCAUUGUUUUAACCUGACUGAAUACAAGACCAACAAGAGCACUGUACUCCUGGCAAUUAUGACAGAUGUUAGAACACGGGUUUUUGCACUGUAGACGACAUUUAACACCGGUCUAUGGGGUACUGCAUUGCUUUUUAUAAAGUCCAAAAUAAAGAUUUAUUUUCAAACAA